CAAUCUCUCUCUUUUGCGAGUGUAUGCGCUUGUGUCUCUAAAACCCCAAAACAAAGACUUAAGGCGGCGACCCUAUUCUCUUCUCUCUUCUUCUCUCAAUUCGAUCAUGGCAGCUGUUACUCCUUCUUCUGACAAAGCUGCAGAUUUACUGCAAAAUUUGUCCCUGGAUUCGGAGCCCAAGAACAUGGGAGUUCCUGAGCCUGCAAAGAAGAAUGGACCUGCUUUCUCCAAUGGAGCAGCUAAGGGGAUGAAUAAGCCAUUCAAUCCAAAUGCAAGUUUUGUUCCGAAUGGGUACCAUUCUACUGCAUACUAUUAUGGAGGUUAUGAUGGGCAAAGUGACUGGAAUAUGUAUUCUAGGUAUAUGAAUGUUGAUGGAGGAAUGGCUCAAGGUGUUUAUGGAGAUAGCUGCUCUUAUAUGUACAAUCAGGGUUAUGGUUAUACACCUUAUGGAGCGUAUCCACCACCGGCCACUUCUCCACCCAUUCAACAUGAUGGUCAACUCUAUGGGAUGCAACAGUAUCACUACCCUUCUUGUUAUUACCAAUCUCCAGCCUCUACUGAUAUGCCGCAUGCUUCCAACAAAAUCGGUGUUCCACAAGUGGAGGAAAUAUCAACUGCAGUUAAUGCCGAUCAUGUUCCUUCAUCAAAUGUCUUUAAUAAAGGGAAUACCGUUACCAUGGCCAAUGGCGACCGCUCAAACAAAAAAGGGUUGAAUGCGUUUCUAACAGGUUCCCAGCAUGGUUCUUUGAAUUCAAAUGAUUUUUAUCAGGUGGCUAACAUGCCGGCAUGUGUCCCUUUGUCUGGGCAUCAGGGUCCAAGAAUUAGCACCCAUGGCCAACAGUCGGCCUUUCCUUCAGAUGUUCCAUUAAUUUCUGAUAGGCAGUCCAAACAUGGAGCAAAGGCUGGAAUAUCUUCAUCUGUUGGUCCUCUCAAAGAUUUCAAUGCACAAAGGAAUCAAAGGCUACCUCAGCCACUUCCGCAAUUCACGAACUUUCACAGUUCCAGAGGCUCAUCUGGACUGGAACUGGUUUCUGGUUUCAUGAACAGGAUGUAUCCGAUCAACAGCGUGUACAGUCGAUACGGAAACACAUUUAGAGCUGAUUCUCGUUAUGGAUCCACUGCAUAUGGAUCCAGAGCUGGAUUCGAGAAUAAGCUGAGGGGCACAGGUGAUGGUUAUGGUGUUGACCAUUUAAGAAAGAACGUUGAUGGAUUUGGCGAGAUGAAUAAAGGACCCAGAUCUAUCAGGAAUUCUGAUAAUAAGGGCACUAAAAGUCUUGGACCUGUCACCUUAUUACUGAAGGGACAGGACCUUCCAGUGAAGAGUGAUUCAGAUAACAAGGAAGCGACUCUGGCUCCCAAGAAGGAGCAAUACAAUGGGGAACAUCUUCCUGAGAAUUACACUGAUGCAAAAUUCUUUGUUAUUAAAUCCUAUAGCGAAGAUGAUGUUCACAAAAGUAUAAAAUAUAGCGUUUGGGCUAGCACCCCUAAUGGAAAUAAAAAGCUGGAUGCAGCAUAUCAGGAAGCCAAGGAGAAGUCUUGUCCCAUAUUUCUGUUAUUUUCGGUCAACACUAGUGGGCAAUUUGUUGGUUUAGCAGAGAUGGUUGGCCCUGUCGACUUCGGCAAAACUGUAGAAUACUGGCAGCAGGACAGGUGGACCGGUUGCUUUGCCGUCAAGUGGCAUAUAAUAAAGGACAUCCCAAAUAGCAUUUUGAGGCACAUAACACUGGAGAACAAUGAGCAUAGACCUGUUACAAAUAGCAGGGACACUCAAGAGGUUCAGUUUGACAAGGGCAUUCAGAUUGUCAAAAUUUUCAAGGAGCAUUCAAGCAAAGCAUGCAUCUUGGACGAUUUUGGGUUUUACGAGACACGGGAAAAGGCCACUCAGGAAAGGAAAUCCAAGGAACAUGCAAAACAGGUUAGCAACCCUAGUGAAAUAACAAUUGGGACAAUUGUAUUACCCAAAUCUCUUGAGGGCUCAUUGCUGAAUGGAUCAGCCGCUGCUGAUGCAACCGAAGGAAAAGGGAAUGGAGCCAUCACAGUACUUGAAAACUCCUCGAAAAGCUGUUAAACUACAGAAAGAAAUUUAAUUUUUGCC